CGAAGAAGUGGCGGGAGACGACGUUAUGGAGGCGCGGGAGGAGAAGGAAGCGCAGGUGGCUGCAUGGUUAAAAAAGGUAUUUGGAGACCAUCCUAUUCCACAAUACGAGGUGAAUUCACGGACCACAGAGAUUUUACAUCAUCUUUCAGAGCGCAAUAGGGUCCGGGACAGAGAUGUCAGUCUUGUAAUUGAGGACUUGAAGCAGAAAGCUGGUGAAUAUGAAUCAGAAGCUCAGCAUCUUCAGGACUUUCUCAUGGAGAGUGUCAGCUUGUCCCCCGCCUGUCUUUCUAGCACUGGUUCGAGGUACCUGAAUGCUUUGGUUGAUAGUGCAAUGACCCUGGAAGCAAAGGAUACCUCACUAACUAGUUUUAUCCCUGCAGUGAAUGAUUUGACCUCUAAACUUUUUGGUACCAAAUGCAAAAAUGAAGAAAUCAAGCUCGAAUUGACCAAACUCGAAAAGAAUCUAACUGCCACGUUGGUAUUAGAAAAAUGUCUAAGAGAGUUCCUGUUGGUGAAGACACUUAAAGCUGUAUAUGAGAAGGAUCUCAAGAAAGCAGAGCUGCAUCUGUCUACAGAAAGGGCCAAAGCUGAUAAUCGUCUUCAGAACAUGGACUUCCUAAAGGCCAAGUCAGAGGAGUUCAGAUCUGGAAUCAGAACUACAGAGGAGGAACUUUCAGCCAGAGGUAUGGACUCAUCGCUGUCUCAUCAGUCAUUAGUGGCACUUUCAGAGAAAUUGGCAGAACUGAAACAACAGAUGAUACCUUUGAAGAAAAAAUUGGAGUCCUAUUUAGAUUUGAUGCCGAAUCCGUCUCUUGCUCAAGUGAAAAUUGAAGAAGCAAAGCGAGAGCUAGAUUCCAUUGAAGCUGAGCUGACAAAGAAAGUAAAUAUGAUGGAACUGUGACCACCCAGUUACUCACCCCCCGACCGUGGUGCUGGAUUGGGAUGUUUCCCUGACUUGCCUUCACUGGAUUUCUGUGUCCUCAGAGGAGAUUGGCAUUAUGGAUCAUUGUGGCACCCUGUGUGUUACUGUAUUUGUGCCUGAAUACAUAGUUUUCAGACUGAAAUGUGGGGUUGGCUUUCUCUGUUGUGGGCCGUCAGUGCCCUCAGCUCCCUUCCUCUCGCCCCUCUCUAGCCCUUCCUUGCCAGCUCC